AUGUCCUCCUCUCAGCAGCCCAGCCAUCCUGGCACCAGCCGCCCCAGCCGCCGUUCCAUCCCCAACUCCGAUAGAGUUUCAGACAGCAUGGCGCGAUCGGAUACAAGUCCAGCAGCAACGCCAGCGUCGCAAACCCAACGUAAUGACGAAUCAUGGGUCGAGGUCGCGUCGCAACCGUCCUCCUCCUCCCUCUCCUCCAUCGGAGACGAGAUCGUUACGACCGGUCUGCGAGUCGGCAGCCACUCGCACCCACCCCGAAGGAGACGUUUGCAACACCAUUAUUACCAGUCCAUGCAACAACAAAUGCAAAGCCGCGCUGCUGCGCAGGCAGGCACAAGCAGUCAGGACGAAUACGACGAGACAGAGAGCGAGGAGGAUCGCUUGAUGACCUCGUCUAACGAGAACCUGGGCGCUCGACCCGGAAAUGGACAUGUUGCCCUACAACGGUCGCAGACUGCGAUCGGUCCCGGCGCCGACUUGUCCGACUCGGAGGAUGACGACAACGGCACUGCGCUGGGCAGGCCAUCACCUUCACAAGGCUUCCGCCCUCAACCCAACGCCUUUUCGCAUCCUCCUGCUCACCUCAGCCAUCGCAGCUACUCCACAAGUUCGGCGGUUCCGCCCCAUCACCCCGCGGCCAGGACACAAUCAUACUCCCACAGGUCACACCAUCGCGCCCGUGCAGGCUUCAUGUCCCCGGCCUACCAGGCAGACAACGACGCCGCACUGCGUGCAUCCCUAACUACACUGCUCUCCUGCGCCGCUGCCGCCAAGAGCCUGCCCGGAAGACGCAACGUGGCCGCCGAGCCAUCAUCGGGGGAGCCGGUCAUGGGCGCAGGCGUCGGCCCGAGUAGCCAGCCGAUGGAGCUGAGACUGGUGCCAGAGUCCGAAUUGGGCCCCGGAGGCUCGCCGGUGCACGUGUCCUCUGCGGCGAAACCAUCGCCCCGGACGCGCCAGCCCACGACUCGGACUACAUCUAAUUCCAGCGCACAGAGCGCUCCCGCGUCCGUGUCGUCCAAAGAAGAGAAGGGCAAAAGGGCUGCUUCGACCGCCCAGCAAAAGCCCCAGCGCGCCACCAAGAAGAAGAAGGUGUCUGCGGUGGGCGUGGACGACAACACUGUCACAUGGAUCAGCCCUGCCACGCUGACGUGGGUCCUGGGCACCGGAGUCGUGCUUCUAGUGUCCGUGGUGGGCUUUGGUGCGGGUUUCGUGGUUGGGCGCGAGGUCGGCAGGCAGGACGUCCUGCACACGAUGGGCGGUGGAGGUGCACCGAUGGGUGCGGGUACGAAUGCCACGUCUUGCGGUGGUGAAGUGAUCCAGAGUACAGGCAGUGGAACGCUUAGGAGGUGGCGCUGGGGUUCCGGCAUGGGAAGGCUCGUGAGCGCCUAG